AUGCAAUACUGGAAUUUUUUAAAUCCUAAGGACAGCGAAGGACCCCGAUUACACAUAGUAUUAUUCAGCGCAGCCCUAGCUGUGGUAUCAGCCUACCACCGCCCUGACUUACCACCGGGACCGUACUGCGGUCUGUCGACGAACAACCAGUGCUGCACAGAUCGAAAGGAUGACUGUUCACAUAGAAUACUUGAUACUCUAUGCUACUGCGAUGAAUUCUGCAACCGAACACGGGCCCAUGAUGACUGCUGUCCAGACUAUGAAGAGGUCUGUCUGGGCAUCCAACCAGACCCUGGCUUCCUUAUCCAGCCAUGUGAAUAUCGCAAUCGGCAGUACUUCCCUGGGGAUAAGAGGACCGAUAACUGUAAUACCUGGUAUGAGCUUACAAACUAUUAA